AUGUCCUCCCUCGAGGACUGGCACUGCCCGGUGUGCCGCGACAUGCUGUGCAAGCCGGUGGUGAACGCGUGCGGGCACGUCUUCUGCUUUUGGUGCGUCCACCGCGCGAUGGACGGCCUGGGGACGAGCCACUGCCCUUUGUGUCGCGCUGACUACACGCAUCUCGCCGCGCCGUGCACCGCGCUGAGCGAGCACCUCGCGCGGACGUUCCCCGCGGAGUACGCGAAGCGCCUGCGCGAAAACCUGGACGAGGAAGAGGCGAACGCGUACGGGAACAGCCCGGACAUCCCCGCGAGCGUCGUGCUCGGCGGCGACGCGCGCGACGACGACGACGACGACGACGACGACGACGACGACGACGACGACGACGACGCGACGCCGCUCGAAGGCCGACCGCUGUUCGACGCGCUCGAGGGUCGACGCCCGACGCCGUCGCCCGACGCGUCCACGUUCGAGUGCUGCUACUCGCACGACGCGGACGUCGUCUCGAAGGCUGAGCCGGGCCCGCACGCGGCGUGGGAGCCCGUGGUUCUGCUGUGCGGCUGUGUCGCGUGCAAGGGGUGCCACGCGCGACGGAGCGACGGCGCGAGGUGCCCGCGGUGUCGACGACGCGUCGUCCGCGACGACCCGGAGGUGUGCAUCUUGAUGCACGAGGUGAUUCAGAGGAGCGCGUUCGCGGAGGAGGCGAGGGAAGGCGCGGCGCGACGCGCGGAGGAGGCGAGGGAAGGCGCGGCGCGACUUGCGGAGGAAAAACUUUGGUCGUUCAGAUCGGGGUCGAGGUCGACGAGCUCGGCUGAUGAGGAACAACCGCCGGCGCCGCGCCUCGGAAACUUACCGGGCCGCGGCCGCGUCGUAAACCCGCUGACGUUCACGCACUUGGGCGUCGGAUGCGACGUGUGCGGGGUGUACCCGAUCAGAGGCCGACGGUACCACUGCAAAGAUUGCCCGAGGGAGCAAGGCGGCGGGUUCGACAUGUGCCAGGCGUGCUACGAACUCGACGACGCGGACGUCGCGGGGGAAAUAGAUAUAGGCGGCGCGGUCAUUCGAGGGAGGUUUAACCAGACGCAUCGCCCGGGACACCAGAUGCAAGAGGUCGCGGCGCGACCGACGCUGCUGCAUUUCUUACAAGACGUGCAUCCGGAGCUGUCGCCCGCGCAGAUUUUGGACCUCGUGCAGAUGGGGAUCAGCCGCGAGGAGGGCGGCGGCGGCGGCGGCGACGGCGAGGCGAACGCGGUCAACGCCGCGGUCGACGCCGCCGUGGACGCGGUGUCGAACAUCGCGGCGAUGGGGACGCACGACGCCGCGACGAUGGAGGCGGAGGCUGAAGAAGAGCUCCUCGGGGAGACCGAAAUAGACCUCCUCAGAGAGAUAUCCGAGAACUUCGAGGACUACAUCCCUGAGGACCUCAGGGACACCCUGGACGCGGACGACGAACACGACGAAUACGAGAGAACCGACGAGUGCGACGAAGACGGGUAG